AUGGACGGAAUUCUUUCCAAACUCCAGCGGAUGCUGACGAACGGCAGCGGACCCGACAUCGUGUUCUUCCAAGAGGUGUCACGAAAGGCCCUCACCCAUCUCCUCCAAUCCGACAGGUUCAGAGAGCACUGGGUUUCAAGCGAGGUCGACGAGACAAAUUGGGCCGAGGUGCCCUUCGCUACCAUGACUCUGCUUUCGCGGUCCUCGUUCUGCAACCCCGAGAACACACCAGAUUCUACUUCCUCCUCCACCGCCGACGCUGGGAGUGGGAUCUGCCCGGUCUGGAGAAUCAAGUACCCAAGUCGCUUCAAGCGGGACGCUCUCUGCUGCGACAUCUUCUGGGGGAGGGAAACAAGGAUCCGCCUGGUCAACGUGCACCUCGACUCCCUUCCCAUCCAGCCGAACCAGAGACCACGUCAGGCGGCUAUCGCUGCUAGCAUUCUGCGCACAGCUGGUGUGGGAUGCGGGGUCAUUGCUGGCGAUUGGACAAAGUUGCCGUGCUGGGCCUCAAGCCUUUGGAUAUACAAGUGA